AUGAAUAUUUUCUGGAUUAUAAGUUUGUUAAGUAUUAAUGAGGUUAAGUCAUUAGGACAAAGCGUUUUUGAUAAAAUAUUUAAAAAAAAGAAUAAAGAAAGUAUGAUAAAAGAAAUGAAUAGCGAAAUAGUAAAAUUUGAUAAAGAAUUUAGCAAAAUACCAAUUUAUAAUGAUUUACUUUUUUAA